AUGAGUGUGCGAGAGGGAAAAAAUCUAAUCGCCGAUCUUAAAGAUUUAGCACUGGGGCCCGACGAAUUGGCCGACGAUCUAGCCGGUCGACCAACAGAUAUAGACGGACAAGUGAUCGCUCAACGUAAGGAUAAAAUUGAUGUAUUAUGGACAGAGUUUAAUGAAGAUACACAAGAACAGAACACAUCAAUUUCAAAGGUUGAUACAUAUUCGGGCAAAAUGAUUACUAUAUCAGAAGUUCGUGAGUUCGCUGGAAAGUUAAUAACGCAAGUACCCGAAGACUCUGAAGAUGCUAAAGCUUUCCUUACUAGUCAGAUAAAGGAUAACAACAUAACACAACCAAACCACAUGCAAGAUGUUUCUUCAUCGUUAAAAGAAAAAAAUCUUUCAAUAAAUCAAAUUUCAUUACCAUCGGAUUCUUCAUCUUCAUCUUCAUCUAUUAAAAAAAGCCAGUCACCUAUAGCAUCUGCAAUUUCAGAGCGUGGAAAAUUUGGUAAACCAAAGCCAACCCUUGGGCAACUUGCUGCAUCACUUAGUAAAAAACCAAAAAAGCUAAAUACUUUGGAGAAAUCAAAGAUAGAUUGGAAACAAUACGUAGACAAGGAAGGAAUCGCUGAUGAACUCAAGUAUCAUAAUAAGAAUGGGUACGUUAUUUAUCCGUAA